UUGAAAUAAAAAACAGGAAAAACACAAAAAAAAAAAAAGAAAAGAACGGGACGAAUUUGUGAUCAUCAACAUCUUUCGACGGUCUCUCGAUGAUGGUCGUGACCAGCUCAAGCUUCUGGCUGGCAUGGCUGUUCCUUAUGUGCGUUGGUAUUGCGUUUUGCACACGGCAGGCUUCGCAGGUUUAUAAGCAACGGAAUGUGGCCAAAGAAGAAGAGUCAGAACGGUUUGAGGGACGGAAACCACAACGUGAUGAUGGAGGUGAAGAAACGGCAGCAAAAACAGAAAAAGGCAAGGCUGUGGCCAUGAAAAUGUUCAAUCGGGAUGCAGUCCUCCGACCGCAACAACCGAACGAUAUUGAGGGCUCCCCGAUCACGACAAGACAACGGGACCAGGACAAAAGAAAUAAAUCCAGAUAUAACAGCAACAGCAACAGCGACAACAACCACACAAAUGACGUAAAGCUAGAGGAGGAUGACAAGGCUAGGCAAAUGCGUUGGGUUGAGAAUGUUUGCGGCUUCAUAAAGCGUCCCCUCGUCGACUUUAUUUACGAACAGGCCAUGGCAGCUAGAUUACAAAAGCUCCAAGAACUUCACGUUGCCAACCCUGCCCAGUUGGCACGGCCACCACGAGGACCACCAGGACCAACAGGCCCGCCACUACCACUGCCCAGUAGUGGCCAUUCAAUGCGACCCACGCGUUCGCUUCGACGCAAACGUCAGCCAAAAAUGAGAACGAAAACAGGUGUCGUGUCUCGAGCCAAAGAUACCGUAACUGCCAAAGAACUCUACAAUUUGAAGGAUCAGCUGGUUAAAAUACUGAACGAAGGAAUCCUAUCUGCAAAUGACAACAGGAUGGAUGCGCUGAGCAAGCGGAGGGAUCGACAUGGUGAUAAUGCAUCAUCUUGUUCGUGCUAUUGAAAUCAGGAUCAACACUUACACAUUUUUAUAUUGGAGAGUAGGUUAGGAAAGGUUUUAACGUGUUCUUUUUAAUCUUUUUUUUCUGUGUUUUUUUGUCUUCUACUGAAUCCUGCUUUUUGUUUUCUACUGAAUCCUAUUUUUUAAAGUAGCAGACAGUUUCGAAAAGAAAGCAUAGAUAGGUUUUACAUUGUGUAGUUCCUAAGUUAAAAAGUUUGCUUUGCAUAUUUUUCUAUAAUUUUUUAAAGUUUAUUUUAUAGAAAAUCAUUUUUAUCCACACACACACACACACGGAAAACUGCACUGGCAUCUGCUCUGCUCAAUUCUACUCCGGCUUACACUAUAUACACGAAAGAUCAAGGACACCUAAUACACUAUAUACACCGAAGGCAAGCAAAAUCAUUCACUACA